CUUCCAAAGUAUAUCUCUUUUCGCUUUAUAACUGUGAUUUUCGUUCGCUCGAAAAAUAAGAAAUGUUAUUUUAACAGUAAAAUAUACGUAUCUCUCAUUUGUUGCUUAUCCGCAAGUAUUAUUUGACAUAUAAAAAUGAUAUUUUCGCGCAAUUUCUUCGAUGAUAACUUCGUGGUGGUCUAAGCUUACGGUUUAUAAAGUCGUAUGUAUGUAAUGGCAUUAUGUAUUACGGUUACGUCUCUUACAUCGUACCUCCUCACAUGUAUGUACGAAGAUAUUUAGGCUUAGAUUAGGUUAGAAACUCAACGACGUAUUAUAACGUAUAAUUUAUCUCACGUGACCUAUGUGACGUAAGAGUAGGGAAUAACGGACGUCAUGUAUUUAUUUAAAACGGCAACGAUGGCCGAUCGUGCAUCUCGUGACAGAGAAGAAGAUUGUUAACCUCUAGUUUGGGUUAUAUUUAAUGAUUUAAUUAUCCGAGCAAGCAAACGAUCUCGCUUAAUAGUAGAGAUGAUUUCGAAUAUUAGACUUUGGUCUUACGAUUAAAGCUAUUAACAAUAAAGAUAAUUUAUUGAAUUUUUAACGACCCGUUAUCGUUUUUCAAUAUCUAUAUAACUUCUAUUUGUACGACACGCUAAUAAACGUGAAAAAUCAAGUAAGCCUAGUAAUUCGAAAAGGCACAACAUUUUAACAAUUAACAAUUGUGAUAUACAAUAUAAUCGAUUAAACCUAGUUUCAUAUGAAAAAAUAUUACGUGUGUGUGUGUGAAGGAUAAUAUAAAGUACAAUAUAUAUAACUUUAAUUUUUCUAUGUACUCUAUUCCGCAUGGCAUUGACGUAUCCUGAGCAAAUUGAGCAAGUAAAUUGAAAAAUUCGAUUAUUCUUAUGUAACUAUGUUGAUAAAAUUUUUCUGAUAAUCAAAAUAUUAUAAUAAGGUUUUUUUUCUUUUCGUUAUAUAAAUGUUAAGUAUAGCUAAGAUUUAAGUAUUUUUGUAAUUGUAAAAAAGCACUACACCGUGAAAUGAAAAAAUACAACAAAGAAUAUUAAAAUACCUAACUCUACUUGAUUUAUGGUCUCCUAGAUAUCUCCUAGAUUUUUAAGAAAUCACUAAUAUUACACAAGCAUCUAAAAGAGAGGGCGCUUGAUGUGCGACAGGAAAUCUCCCUAGAUAGAGACUAUAGAUACAAAAACACGCGCGAUCCUUCUCUGUUUGGUUUGUCAUCGAGCGCACAUGAUCCACAUGUGAAUUCUAGAGAGAAAGAGUGCAAUAAAGUUUAUUGUCAUUGUUGCACCUUGUGUCAAAUUCCCUGAAAACUAGACUACAGUAUAUAAUAACAGCUAUAGGAAAUGAACGAAGUAACUUUACCACCUUCUCCUAAUUGGUACUUGAACAGUAUUUUUACAUGUUCCAAAGAUGGAACUAUCGCAUGGGGCGCUAGAAAUGCUAUUAUAAUCGCAAAGCGUCAACAAGAAAACAAAAUAUUGAAUUACUCUAUCAUUAAAGAUGCUCAUAUAGAUAGAGUUACUUCGUUAGCUUUUUCGCCCCAGUAUGGACAAGAAGAUAAAAAUCUAUUAGUUUCUGGUGGUGAUGAAUUUACAGUAAGAAUAUGGAACUUGGACAAUCUCUCUACAAUUAUGGCUUACUCGUAUCAAGAUACAAAACAAAAUGUUAUAGGAGUUGACUGGUGCUUUAAAGAUCCUAAUAUAAUAUAUUGUAUUAGUACGGAUGGUUUACUGAUAUCUUGGAAUGUAUCUUUCAAUACUUGUUAUCCAAUUUCGCUAGGAAAAUUGACAGCAACUUGUCUAUCUGUGUGUCCACAUGACUGUAAUCUCGUAGCCAUAGGUUCUAAAGCUGGGUUGGUUUAUAUUGUCGAUACGCAUGGAACAGGUUCUAUACGAUAUAAAUUAAGAGGCCACGAUACAGAAAUAUCUAGUCUAUCUUGGUGCCCCGUAGAACAUAAUAUUCUAAAUAAUGAAAAUAGUAGAGAUUUGCUCUUGGCUUCUGGUGCAAAAGAUAAAUCUAUAUUUUUAUGGAGAGCUGGUGGAGAUGGUAGAUACCAAUUGGAGAUUACUCUUCCAAAUGCACCACUUGACUCUCGUCAACAUCGAAUACCAUAUGUUUAUGAAACUAUUAAUGAUAGUUGGAGAAUAAAAAACAGAAUUACAGUGUGGACAUUAGCUCAAGAUCGUCAGAUUAUUUGCUGUAAUAUAAAAAAAGACGAUCAUGAAAUAGAGUAUAAUAUUCCUACUCAAGGUGGAUUUAUCUAUUGCGUAGCUCCUUGUCCUGUGGAUACUUCACGAAUAGCGUUUGGCGUAGGUGAUACAAUGUUACGUAUCUGGAAUUUAUCUGAGGCACAUGAAACUUCUUUUGACAUUACUGUGUUAUGGCAAAAAAUAAAAGGCAAUAUAAGAUCUAUUGCAUGGCAUCCAGUAAAAGAAAACUUGAUAGCUUAUGGAACUGCGGAAGGCCGUAUUGGCAUGUUUGAUAUAAAUGGUAAUAAACCGCCAACUCUAUACAGGCAGUAUCACAGAAAGACUGUAUAUACAUUACAAUGGGGACCAUAUCCAGGAAUUAAAGAUCAUGCCUUGUAUUCUUGCGGGGAAGGCGAUCUUGUAUGUUAUGAUGCUGAUAAACCAAACAAAGAUCCAACGCUUAUACUUGGAAAAAAAUGCACAGAAGUAUCAUGGAAACCAGAUUUCUCAUGUUUAGCAGUAGGACUUCAAAAUGGGACGAUCCUAUUUUAUAAUCGCGAUCUCAAAGAAUUUGGUCAUUCAGUUAGUGUUAUGAAUAUAGGAGUACAUUGUUUAAUAUGGCAUCCUGAUAGUACCGCAACGGAUUUAACAUACUCUCCACUUAGAAAUUAUAUAGCUGUUGCCUAUAAUGCAACUACAAUAACUGUACUUGAUCUUUCAGACCUUUUUGAAAAAAUAAAUGAUGCAAAUAUAUUUACGGGAUCAAAUGAUAAAGUAAAUGACACUGAAAGAAUAUCUUCAAGAACUGUUAACAAAAUCGUUGCAACGUUGAAUGGCCAUAGUAACAAAAUUGUUGGUUUAGCAUGGAGUCCACAUUUAAGUGGAUACUUAGUUUCGAGUAGUUAUGAUUGUACAGCACAGGUAUGGAAUGUCGAAAGACAAGAAGUGAUAGCAACGUUUACGGAUCAUUGUGGACCUAUAUAUUGUUGUAUGUGGAGUCCCUUAGAUCCAGAUCUGGUAAUAACAGGAUCAGCAGAUUUUACAUUACGUUUGUGGAGAAUAUCAUCUCAGUCAGUCUUACUGCCUGAAAAAAAGUCUAGUUCAAAAAAAUCUAAAUCGAAGAAGAAUAAACAAAAAAUAAACGAAGAUAAUAAUACAACGAUAAAUGACGUUAAUGUCGAUAAUAAAAAUACUUCAGAAACAGUUAUAGAAGCAAUAAAUAAAACUUCGGAAUCUGCAACGAUUAAAACAGAGAUAUCAAUGGCUAUUGCAAAGGAGAUACAAAAGAAAACUCCAGAAAAAAGUUCAUAUUUUCCAACGUAUUCAAAAAUAAUGAACAAUAAAUUUGCUAUCCUUAAAUCUAUUAAAUAUCUUAUUAAAGAGGAAGAAAGUUUUUUAAAUUCAGAACAACAACUAGAUGCUGGAUUACCUUCUUUGUUUACUGAAGAUACAAAUCUUUCUGAUAUUAUUAACAAUGAAAAAUCCGUACUUACCGCUCAGGGGAAUCAUACUGCGGUGACAGAGAUUAAUAUGUGGCAUGAUAAUCUUAAAGAAAAUUUAGAAAUUGCUGUUAAAGAAAAACGUCUUAAUGAUACUUUAAUUUCACUUUCGCCAAGUCUUUCAAUGAAGACAUGGCGUGAAAUGUGUGAAGCAUAUGCAAAUCAAUUGAUACUUGAAUCAAAUCCAACCAAGGCAGUGUCAUACUUA